AUGCUGCCCCCUGCUGCUCCCUCUCUUGCUGCUGAUCACUCGUCUACACUUUUGGCCGGCCCGCUGGAGCCCUAUGACCCAGAUAAUUACCCUGCAACUGGACAUCUUGGUCAUGGAGAAAUAGGAGGACCGCCGAAAAUUGUGACAUUGCCCAUGGCAUCAAACACAACUCUACGACUCGCAAUGGCAUCCAUGAACCCAGAAAACUAUGAGUUCAUCGAGGACCGCAAUGGCAGAGCUGUCUCCGAAGCAAGAGCUGAGGACAUAAGGAACUUUGCGCAUGCAAUCUGGCAUCAGCUUCGACAGAAGGGGAAGGCGACACCUAAAUGGGGGCUCAUAGACGCAGAGUCACUCACAUUGUACCUUGACAUGAUGGCGAGGCACUUCGAGGAGAUGCGUCUUUGUGACUCUCAUUGGAAGGCCAAGAAGCUUGCAACGAUGGCUUAUCUGACCUUCUACAAGUAUCACGUCAGGCUCAAGGCAGAGGAGCAGAAUAAGCCUCAACCUAAGCCAAGAUUGCUGAAACGCCGCAGCAAGGACAGCCCGAUGCACCUUUCAAAGCGCCGCAAGUCUUCUAGAGGUACCCUAGAUACGUCGUCCUAUCCCUCUGGAAGAGCGAUGCCAACUGCACAGCCUCAGCCAGCUGCCUCUUCAAGCUCAUCUGCUGCUGAACGAGUGGCUGCAAUGACACCCCAUGCUCAUAUUCCCCCCAAGUUCUCCGAACCCACCAUUUUCACGUCUCAGAAAGCAGCCAUUGUAACCGAUGUAUGCAACACCGAUGGCCUCAACACUUCAGUCUCGCUGCCAGCAAGUUUCUCUAUUACUCGUACCACUGGCAAAAUGCCAUCGCUUCAACAGGAGCUCACUAAUGCUACUCAAGAUGCUGCCGCCAUGCUUGCAGUCCAGACACAGCCAACGGCAUGCAAUAUGCCUUCAUCAUGCGACAUGAAUGAUGUUCUUGCCACCACCGAGUCCACUACUACACCCAUUACUGCGAAUUCCAAUGCCUCACUGUCUGUCAUCGAUGACGUUUACUCUCAGUCCAUCUCCCUGGAACCAAUCUUUGGUGCACUUCCCAUGGACAGCACUAACACGCAUGAAACAGAUGACAUUUCUGCUACAGAUUCUCUGCCGCCGUCUGAGGUGCCCGGGGCACACAUGCUAGAGAUUGUAAACCCGCUCCAAUGCAUAACAAGCCUACGCGCUCGUGAAAAGCAACGCGCAGCCUCAGGAACGGAGUUGGCUUCCGCUGCAAGCAGCAAAGAUAGUGCCCUACUUGCCCUUGCCCAGAUCGCUUCUGGAUCGCAGGCAUCCUCUGCUCAAGAAGAUGUGGCCACACAUCCAACAUUGGCUUUCGAAGUCAAGCAGAAGAAUCAGACAAAGCCAGUGAAGCUGCAUUACAACAAGAAUUCGAACUCUGUCAGGAAUCUCUAUCUCAAAGACUACCUUGAACUCCAUCCUAACGCAACCGAUAAGAAUGCUUUUGAAGCGUCAUUCUGA